AGGAUGGAGCAGGGCCCUGGAGAGAGCGAGUACUCGGAGCCCUUCGAGGGGGAGCAGGACCCGGCGCCCGAGGGCGGCUGCGAGGACGAGCCCACAGGGUGCCCCCGGCAGGGCGAGGGUCGGCGGGGGAGGCCCCGGCGGGGACCGCAGCUCUACGACACCCCCUCCGAGGAGUGGGAGGCGGCCGGGGAGGGCCCGGGGGUGCCCCCGGGCCGGCAGAGCCGCCUGCCCCGCGAUGACGAGCGCCCGGCCGACGAGUACGACCAGCCCUGGGAGUGGAAGAAGGAUCACAUCUCACGGGCAUUCGCAGUGCAGUUUGAGAGCCCCGAGCGCUCCCCCAGCCUGUCCCGGCAGCUGCCACGGCCCCCCCGUGCCCCCCCAGGCACCAGGCCGGGCUGCCCCCCCAGCCCCAGGCACGUGGACACCUCGCUGCCCCUGGAGAAGCAGGCGUGGUACCACGGCCCGAUCGGGCGGGCGGGUGCGGAGACGCUGCUGGCGCUGUGCCGCGAGGGCAGCUUCCUGGUGCGGGACUGCGAGACCAGCCCCGACGACUACUCAUUGUCCCUGCGGAGCAGCCAGGGCUUCGUGCACGUCAAGCUGACGAGGACGCGGGAGCAGCACUUCACCCUGGGCCGGGCGGGCGCCGCCUUCCCCUCGGUGCCCGCGGCCGUGCGACACUACACGGCGCGGGCCCUGCCGGUGCGGGGGGCGCGGCACCUGGCACUGCUGUACCCCGUGGCCGUGCAGCCCCUGUGACCCCCCCAGUAAAG